GGACCCCGCCACUGUCGCCCCCGCCGCUGCCCUCACACAGGUGACCAGGCGUCCCUCCGGUUCCCCUCAUCCGGUGUCCGGCUCGGCGCGGACCAUGUCCUCCGUGAACGUCACGUGUGUGGCCCCCGAGGGCUGCAGGAUAGGAGAGUCUCCCGUGUGGGAAGAAGCUUCGGGAAGCCUCCUGUUCGUGGAUAUCACCUCCAGGAAGGUGAACCGCUGGGAUUCCCUCACCGGCCUCGUGCGGAGCCUGACCGUCGAUGCCCCCGUGAGCUCGGUGGCCCUCCGCCGGGCGGGCGGCUACGUGGCUACUGUUGGGACGCGCUUCUGCGGCCUGGGCUGGGAGGAGCAGGCCGUGACCCCGCUGGCCGCCGUGGACGGAGACAAGCCCAACAACCGCUUCAACGACGGCAAAGUGGACCCGGCCGGGAGGUUCUUCGCAGGGACCAUGGCGGAGGAGACGGCCCCGGCCGUACUGGAGAGACGCCAGGGCUCGUUGUACGCGCUCUACCCCGACGGCCAGGUGGUCAAGUUCUUCGACCAGGUGGACAUCUCCAACGGGCUGGACUGGUCCCCGGACCACCAAACCUUCUACUACAUAGACAGCCUCUCCUACUCGGUGGACGCCUUCGACUACGACCUGAGCACGGGCCAGCUCUCCAAGCGCCGCCCGGUGUACCACCUGGAGGAGGAGGAGGGCAUCCCGGACGGCAUGUGCAUUGACGCGGACGGGAAGCUGUGGGUGGCCUGCUACAACGGGGGCCGGGUCAUCCGCCUCGAUCCCGUCACGGGGAAAAGACUCCAAACGGUGAAGAUGCCGGUGGACAAGACCACGUCCUGCUGCUUCGGCGGGGCGGAUUACUCAGAUCUGUACGUGACGUCUGCCCGCGACGGAAUGGACGCCGCCUGGCUCGCCAAGCAGCCCCAGGCCGGGGGCGUCUUCAAGGUCUCCGGGCUGGGGGUGAAAGGAAUCGCCCCCAAUUCGUUCGCGGGGUGAAUCCCCCCUCCUCCUCGCCGCCCGUCUCUCAUCCGAACCCUGCGUCCGGCCUGGCGUCGGAGAGGAACGGGGCGAGGGCAGAACUUGACCGUCGCCCCGCCUUCCCCCCCGCUCGCUCCCCGCGCCCGUCUAGGCCUCGGUUCCCGAGGGGGAGACGGCGGUCGGCAUCCCGGCUUGGCCCUGUCUUUCCCGUCGGGAGGUCAGUGCCCGGGGCUGGGGGACGCCGAGGGAAAGGUCCCGGGAUGCAACCCAAUAAACCCUCCCCCAGGAUGACCGCCAUA